ACAUCACAUAUUUUCCUCUGCAUGUCUCCUCCACCCACGGCUCCUCCUCUCACACACACACCCACCCACCCACCGCAGUUUCUAAUUGGGAUUCAUUACCAUUUCCUUUCAGUUUUUCCCAGCAGGACUCUCUGACCAGGAGGAACAGCUUUCACUGGUCACACAUAUACGAACAUCACCGUCGUUGUCAUCAUCAUCAUCAUCAUCAUCAGAAGCAGCAGAACUUCAAGACUUCAGUGCAUCAUCUGCCUUAAGACUGCAAUGACCUCACUCAGACUCUUGUCCCUGUUCCCCUCCCUCCUCGUCCUACAAGUCCAUCUUUCCAACCAGUUAGAGGACAAUAAGAUCCCCCCCAGUCUGUGUACUGGCCACCCUGGUAUCCCAGGCUCUCCUGGGGUUCAUGGCAGUCCUGGUCAGCCAGGGAGAGACGGGAGGGAUGGGAGGGAUGCUGCUCCUGGGGAAAAGGGGGAUAAAGGGGAGAGAGGGGGCCCAGGUGAGACAGGAGUGCGAGGCCUGACUGGAGACAGGGGUGACCCUGGAGAAAAGGGGGAAAGGGGGCAGCCGGGCGAGUGUGCAGUGGCUCCUAAAUCCGCCUUCAGUGUCAAACUCUCUCAGGGCCAAACCUCGCCCCUGAAUGUGGGUGACGCAGUCCGCUUUGACACCAUCCUGAUCAAUGAACAGGGCGACUACAACUCAGAGACGGGACGCUUCACCUGCAAAGUCCCUGGAGUCUACUACUUUGCUGUCCACGCCACGGUGUACCGCGCCAGCCUGCAGUUCGACCUGAUGAAGAACGGACACGCUGUGGCUUCUUAUUUUCAGUUUUAUGGCAACUGGCCUAAACCGGCAUCUCUUUCAGGCGGCUCCCUGCUUCACCUCAUCCCUGGCGAUCAGGUGUGGGUGCAGAUGGCUCUCUCAGAGUACAAUGGAUUUUACUCCAGCACCAAGACAGACAGCAGCUUCACAGGCUUCUUGGUGUACUCGGACUGGAAAAACUCUGCUGUGUUUGCCUGACAUGUGCCGCUUUUAUUUCCUUACUGAGACAUUCUGGACAGACAAGUGAAUCAUCCGUGACACGAUACAGCUGUAUUUGUGUAAUAAAUAAAGAACACACCAGGCAAUGUAACCCGAAUAGCACAUGGUGUACUGAGGCGCACACAAUGAACGGUACAGUUUACUCUGUGUCUGUUCUGCACUUUCAGCUUUUAAACUGCUGACAGUUAAUUCUUCUAACAGAUGUCAGGCCACAAAUCCUCAAACAGCCUUUAUGCCACUGUUCUAUUGCAUUUUGUUUUAGUGUCUACAGCUCUAAUGUGAGACAUUAAUAAAAUUUUAGACUUUUGAAAA